GAUGCCAACUUCGCUGUAGUUUUUCCCGCAGUUUGGCGUCCACAUAGAUUGAUAAAAAAAUUAUUAGCACGAUUUUUCUAUGUAUUUAGAUCAAUAGGACAUUAUUCAACCCCUAUGAUUUGUUUUCCAGUGACGUGUUCAUGAAACUAUUAUGCUAUAACUGUGAACAGUUUGUUUGAGUUGUUAUAUUGUGGUGGAUUUUGUAAACAUCGGGACGUGAACGCAGGCCCACGUCUAUGAAUUCUUAUUGGCAGCAUGGCGGAAAUAGUGUACCCGCAAGGCUGCCGUCCAAUCACCGAUGACCUCGGUCCAGAUGAGCUUGUGAGGAGACUUAAGGUCCUAGCGCACACAUUACAAGGUCUCGGCCAAGAUGAGGGCAUGUACCAGCAGUACAUACCCCUGGCCCUCCACCUCGCGGACGAGUUCUUCCUCACGCACCCCUCCAGAGAUGUCCAGCUGCUCAUUGCGUGCUGCAUCGCUGAUGUCCUCCGGGUGUAUGCCCCGGAGGCGCCUUAUAAGGAUCAGGAACAGGUAAAAACGAUAUUCCUGUUCCUGAUCAACCAAUUGAGAGGUCUGCGGGACCCCAAGGACCCGGCGUUCAAGCGCUACUUCUACCUGCUGGAAAACCUGGCCUACGUCAAGUCUUUCAACAUGUGCUUCGAGCUGGAAGACUGUCAGGAGAUCUUCUGCGCACUCUUCGCGCUUAUGUUCAAGAUUGUCAAUACGGAACACUCAACAAAAGUGAAGUCCUUCAUGCUGGACGUGCUGUGCCCCCUCAUCACGGAGUCGGACGUGGUCUCCAACGAGCUGCUGAACGUCAUACUCCUGAACUUAGUGGAGCCCAACAAGAGGGAUCAUAAGCACGCCUACUCGCUUGCUAAGGAACUCAUUAUCAAGACUAGUGAGACGCUUGAACCUACUAUACAGGCGUUCUUCAACCACGUGCUAAUCCUGGGCAAAGAGGAGAAGAAUCUCCUCAUAUACUCGAAAGUGUACGAGCUUAUCUACGAGCUGUAUCAAUGUUGUCCCUCCUUACUUCUGUCAGUACUCCCGCAGUUGGAGUGCAAGCUCAAGUCCGCACAGUUCCCCGAACGACUCAGCGGGGUCGCACUCCUUGCUAGAAUGUUCUCCGAACCGGGGUCCGAACUAGCUAAACAGUACCCAGCAUUAUGGCGGGCCUUCCUAGGAAGAUUCAACGACAUCUCAGUACCAAUCAGAAUCAAAUGCGUGCAAUACUGCAUGCACUUCCUAGUACAUCAUCCAGACCUCAGAAAAGAUAUAACAGAAACAUUAAAACUAAGGCAACACGAUGCCCAUGAACAAGUGCGUUAUGAAGUCGUAAUGGCUAUCAUUGCGACGGCACAGAGAGACUUCCAAGCCGUCGCCGAGUCUGAAGAUCUCCUACACUUCGUACGAGAAAGAACGCUCGACAAGAAAUUCAAAAUUAGAAAAGAGGCUAUGUCCGGCCUAGCACUCAUCUACAAAAAGUUUUUAACCGAAGAGAGUGUACCACCGGCCACAGAGAAAGCGGUACAAUGGAUCAAAGAUAAAAUCCUUCAUGGUUACUACAUGACGGCUUUAGAAGACAGAUUGCUGGUCGAACGGCUUCUAAACACGUCGCUGGUUCCGUACACAUUACCAGCCCCCAUCCGUAUGAAGAAACUGUUCUAUCUAAUGUCUAACGUUGAUGACAACGCAACAAAGGCGUUUAUAGAACUACAGAAGCAUCAAUUAGUGGUCCGUCGCACAGUAGGCGAAUGGAUCGAGUUGCACAGAAAACCUCCAACCCCAGCCGUACAGAAAGAAAUGAUAGCUAAAGUCUUACACAUAAGCUCUAAAUUCCUGCCCGAAUCGGUUAAAUCUCAGGAGUUUUUGAACAAGUUCUCUCAACAUAUGAAACAGGCACCUGAGUUGUUACAAGGAAUGGAGACCAUAUUGAAUCCUAACGUGAGCUGUGAAGUGUGUGUGCGUACGACAUCAAGCGUCCUCAAGAAACUGGGCCAGCCAGUGAUGACGAACUUAUACUACAACACAGUGAAGAUGUUACUGGAGCGAGUGAGCUCCGUGAUGAUCGACCACGACUCGCUGCUGAUCCUGGUCGGUUACGUCGAGGCCACGGUUAAGGGCACCGACGCCUCGCUGGCUGACGAGUGUGGUAUCGACGAGAAGAAAGCGGCAGAACGUGGUCUGAAACUCCUCGUGAUGCUGUCCUUCGUGUUCCCCUCCCACUUCUUACACGAAGACAUACUGAACCGGCUGACGUCACUACUGGAGUUAGAUGACGAGACGGUGGCGCCGCAUAUACUCGCCGCGCUCACCUUCCUCGGGAAAUAUAGGCCGCUCAGUGAAGCGUGUCCGGCUCUGUUCCCGCGGCUGAUCACUCUGUGUAAAGCUUACGCAGAGGUCGGCACACCCAAACAGGCCAAGAAUGCAGUCAGAUGUCUAUUCGUGAACGUACCAGAACAGCGUACGCAGAUCUUCACAGAAAUCCUGGAGACGCUGAAGGCGACGCUGUCCCCGCACUCGGAGCACUACCGCACCGCCAUCGUGACGCUCGGCCACGUGGCGCACAACCUGCCCGACAACUUCCCCGUGCACAUCAAGAACAUCGUCUCCAGGAAGAUCGUAAAAGAACUCUUAGUCCGCGAAGGUGGAGGCAGUUCCUCAGUGCCCGACGAGCCCUGGUGCCCGGAAGACCAGCUGCCGGAAGAGACGCGCUGCAAGCUAGAAGGCCUCAAGUGCAUGGCUCGCUGGCUGUUAGGACUGAAGAAGGAUGAACUGUCCGCGCAGAAGACUUUCAGGAUGUUGAAUGCUUUUAUCGUGCAUAAAGGAGAUUUGUUACAGCAAAACCGUCUAUCGAAAGCUGAGAUGGCGCAUCUCCGGCUGGCUGCCGGCGCCGCGAUGCUGAAGAUCUGCGAACAGAAGGGCGUCGGCGACCAGUUCACUGCUGAGCAGUUCUAUAACCUGUCGCAUUUGAUGAUUGAUGACGUACCUCAAGUCAGAGAAGCUUUCGCUACAAAACUACACAAGGGAUUGUCAAAGGGCAUCCCCAACAAGUGCCUGCCUCUAGACUUCAUGGGCAUGUAUGCGCUGGCAGGGCGGGAGCCGGACCGCCGCAUCCGCAGCGUGGUGCGGCAGUACAUGCUGGCCGACGUCGUGCGGCGCCGCGAGUACGUGCGGAACAUCACCGUCGGCACUAAAGUGGAGCGAGCAGUGAGCCAGCUGCCGCACAUCCUGCCGGACUACAUGCUGGUGUUCGCCGUGCCCAUCCUCACGCACGACCCCGCCUUCACCGCCUACGACAGCGUCGCGCAGCUCAAGAUCGUAAAGAACUGCCUGUGGUUCAUCCUGGAGCCGCUGAUCACGCGCAACGACUUCUACUGCUACGGCUUCUACAAGAGCCUCGUGGAACGCAUGAAGACGCACAAGGACGCGCUCAACGAGGACGAUGACACUGUCAAUUAUAAACUGUGGGCCGUAUGCGAUCUAGCGAUGUCAGUGAUCUGGGCGCGGUCGUCGUCGUUCGAGCUGCGCGAGUUCCCGUCGGACGCGCGCAUCCCGCGCAUGUACUUCGCGCCGCAGUCCGACUACUUCGUCAACACGCGCGUCUUUCUGCCGCCUGAGCUGCAGUUCCAACCGAAACGCCAGGCGGCGACGGAAGGCAACAACACGCGGUUGAAGAAACGACCGCGUCCGCUGCCCGAGCGAGAGAACGCUAACGAUGUUGAGCCUUCAGAAGCGUCAGACACACAGAUCCAGCUACCAGGCCUAGAGAACCCCCCUGAAACGGAGCUAGAAGAGCCUCAAGCGAAACGCGCGGUCACCGACUGAGACCCGCCGUCCGCUGGAACUUCCAGCGAGUAAGUACUAGCAUAGCGAUAGAUAACCACACCUACGACGAAAGAAACUUCUAGAAAAGACUACAGACCAAUAAAAGAAAGAUUUAGAUAACAAAUCUUGGCUGAAUGUCCACAAAUGUGGUCUUUACGUAGGUCUCCAGUCAUUUCAAUAAGCUUCUUGACGUCAUACUGGCUGGUCAGAACCAGCUCUAAGAUGUACGAAAUUUAAAAAGUAAACUCACAUUUGUAUGAAUAAGAAAAAGGAAACUGUCAAUCGAUUUUGACGUUUGUAUUCAGCUGUCAGUUGAAUUUGACAGUUGAUUAAGCUGAUGUUAGGUUAGUCUUUUUGGUUAUAUUGUUUGUUUUUAAGUAAAAUGUGUGUCUUACGAUGUCUGCAGCAAAAUGUAUAUUGAACUGCUGUUUGUAUUUUUAUGGUGAAUAGAACUAUGAGGUCUAUAAGCCUAAUAUAAAUAUAAUAAAUUAAUUAAACCAUGUAGCUCCCUUGAAUUAAUGAAUUACAUUUGUAUAAAGUUCAAUAGUUGAUUUGUAACAUUUGUACUGUCACGGUUAUCUAUCGUCAAUGUUGGCACUUGAAUCUUUGUACACAACUCAUCAAUAUACAAAUCUCAUUUAAAGUGUUAAAUGGACGUUUUAUUAUAUCGACAAUUCUCAAAGAGGUAGUAGUUGCGUUGGUAUACCUAUUACUCAGUAAGUUGUAUUUCAAGAGCCAUAGACACAAAUAAACAUACUUGACAUUUUGUGAAGUCAAAUAAAAAUAAAAUCUUUAUGGUGAAUCUGCCGAAAAAAUUGUAUUUACAACUCUAUUCUUAUGAAGAUAACGUUCAUAAUAGAUUGACAGCUUAUAUUACUAACUUCAGUUUUGUACACAAACCUUGCCAUUUUCUAGAAGUGUUGCCAAUUACCAAGAUUUGGUAUCGGCAUAAACCAAACUAACAUACUUGUAAAUCAAGUUCAUUAAUUAUUAACACAAUUUAUAGGUAUUCAACAUUCAACUGCUACCUUAGUUCUUUACACUCAGAUAUUACACCGAUUCAGUUUCUUCAGUCAUAGACAUAUAUAGCGUCUAUCUUAAUGACCGAAGAUGAUGAAGCUAAAUCGUUAUAAUUAUGGCGUUGUCUUGUAAGGAGAUCAGCCAGCUGCGCAUAAAUGAUAGUGCACAAGCAUUUGCGCAGACACAGGUGCACUCACUAUUCCUUCACUCUCAUAGAUCCGACACCACCAGAGAGAGAUGAAAAGAGAUUGACAUUGUCAUAAUAUCUGAGUGUUAAGACAAAAAUCUAGGACAAAACUCAAGUCAUGUAUGUUAUAAGCUAACCUUAUGAAGACUGGCUACUCGUAUUUACAUCUAACCAUUGAACGAGUGAAUGGAAACGAAUCGUUUGUUACUCAUUCGAUAUUAAUACUUCACUUGGCGUUAUUGUAGGAAUAUGUCAGCCAUUUCACUACUGUAAAAUAGACUUUAUUUCUUAAGGAAUAAGGUGUAUUUUGUAGUGGUAAAUUGGUGUGAAUAUCGUUGAAGGAAAGUGCCAUUAAAUCGGGUAUAAUAUUGUGGCCUUGGCGUGGGAUUAAUUUAAUUUUGGGUGUCUGUUCCUUUCAUGCAAUCUAGCUUUUACGCUUCAUUGUUUUUCAAGUCUUCGACAUAAUUUUUUCAUCUGAAUCAGUCGUAGAUUCAAAAAGAAGUCAAAAGUACUAAUAAAUGUUGAUGUUCAACUAGUUGCCAAUUUAUUCUAAGUUAUCAAUUAUUUAGUUCCAGACAAUGUUUUGAAAUUCCUCAAUAUCUCAUGCCACGACCAUUUGCAUAAAACAAGUUAUCAUGGAAAUGUAAAUAUUCAUUAUAACGAGCGAAUUCAAAAUCAUUUUCUAUAAAUCAUUGCCUAAAUCAAGUUCUCAGGUCGUUAUUUUUCUAAUGAAAUACAUGCCAAAUAUAAUCUGCAAAUUACUGAAAAGCUGGAUAGGUUUAUGCCGAUUUCCAUUACAGAAAUUACAUUCUAUAAAAAGCUGUUUUCAGGCUUGUAAAGUCCAGGUAAAUAACGUUAUAAACACUAAAGAUUAGAAAGUCAGUAUCCUUCUAAUCAUAAAAGGCUUUUUCAAUUAUAAGUAGAAAGGGGCUUUCAAAUAAAUGCACAAAUUAUAAAUCGAGGCAUAAUUAGUGCAAUAAAAAAAAUCAUGACGUUUACUUGCAAUUACUGGAAAUAUGUGAUCAAAUUAAUUGAACAUAUAAAUAAAAGCUGACAGCUCAUUUGCAAUAUACCUAAGUGUUUAUGCAUAUAAUUGUCAUAAUAAAUUGCUCAAUAAAAUUUUCUAAUGGCCUUCGCAUAAUAUUUAUCACGUCACGCAUAAAAAACUAAUAUUUUACAUUGAUAAUGAAUUCUAUUUAUCGCCAUGGUAUUUAUUUAUAGUCCUUUUAGAGUUCCUAAUUUGCUUUUCUCUUUUCUUUCCCAAUAUACAUAAAUAUUUGGGUAGUAUUGGCAAAAUGAAAGGAACAAAAAUAGGCAGUCAAUUCUAUGUUAUGUGACUGAUAAUAAAAUCUGAAACUAAGAAUAAAUAGCUAUUAAAAGACCUAUUUACACUUGAUACAUUUGGUAAUUAAUUAAGUUUAAAAUAAUGUAACCAGGUCUUAUAAUAUGCUCCUAAAAUCGUAUCAUCGAAAACACAGCGGGUAAGCUGUAGUGUUUAAAACAAAAAGCUGAUCGGACUUAUCCAGGAUUGAAAAACUAAAACGAUCUAAGAAUAGAGAUAAUGAGUCUGUAUUAUAGAUUUUAAUCGAUAAGUUUAAUAUCUUAAUGUUUGUUUUUUCGUUGUUUUUAGUUAUAAUUUUCAUUUCGGCUGGUCGAUGAGCGUCUCUUAUUUUUUCAUUAUUAUGAGUAAUGUAUAGUUUGGACCUCGAAAGAGGACGAAUGUUGACUGCAGUAUCUUGUAAUGACAGUUGGACAUAUUCGGUUAGUCUGUGGUCAUCGUAGCGGCUAAUUUUAAGGUUAUAAUUAUGUGUGUUGUUGAUUUUGUCCUGUCUCUGAGAUACGACUGUUUAUAACACGUCUUUUAUCUACAAAAUUCUAGACUAUGUUUUAAAUUACGUUGACACAAAACUCAAUCAAAUAUUGAACGAUUAUAUGCCUUUUGUAUUUUUAUUUACGUGUGACGUAUCUCAGAUACCGGCCUAUUAAUUUAGGUAUUCGUCAACUAAAAUAAUUUAAUUUUUCGUGAUAUUAUUCUAAAUAUCAAUUGUAGGUUUUUAUCGGAGAUUGAACCCUGUAGCUCCUCCCUGUACCUCGAUAACUCGAGGUCAAUAAGGUCACAGAUUUUUGAAAUACAUUUACACUGUAUGAUCUGAUGAUAAGGACAUAUUGAAUAGCUUAUUUAUUCUAAGUAAAGACAUGUACCAUUUGAUUGAUUAGUUACUAUAGGGUUCGCUCACCCCGCUCCGAUGUCCAGAACAUUCGUGCAAGACCGGCAUUAAUUCAUAACUUUUUUAUUCAUAAAAUUUAAUUUAAGGUGUACCAAAAACGGAAAAUAUUAGCGACACAGCGCUCGCUCCACUGUCGCAGUGAUUCUCUGUAGUUAUGUAUCAAAAAUAAAUAAUAAACACAUUU